UAUGUAAACAAACAGGGCGUUGACGACCACCGCUUAUCUUUAGCAGCCAAACACACGCGACUCAUCACAAUAUCGCAUAAACAUCACGUUGAAUUUGGGCAUAAUAUACUUUAACAUUUUCAUUAAGUUGCAUAGUACAUUCGUUUGAUAGGACUUUGUUGACUUCCUCCUUCGUUCCAUCUUUGAACAUUUUUUUGCCUGUUUUUCGACCGACAUUGUUAGCGACAAUUUCAAGGAUUCGAGCAGACGCCACUGACCGUAAAGAUGACCGACACUGUGCCUGUACCCGCGGUCCGUCCCCCAGUGGACAAGCCUAUGCGACUGGUUGGAGUUAGCCACAGUAAUAAUAGCUACAGCUUGGUUGACCAUGCAUCUGCUAAUGAUCAACUUCAUUAUAUAUUUUUGGUUGUAAAGCAGCAUAUUGCUGGUAUCCUUGCUGAUGUUCAGUAUUAUAAGAUUGCUGAGCUGAAGAAUGAGAUCAUUGCUCUUGGUACUGAUGUAGCUGCUCUAGUCAGAGACAGGUCUUUUGAGGAAUCAAGGGAUAAAUAUCACAGUCAUUUCUGGCGAGCAGAUGAUGAAGCUGAAAACAAACGACUGAUUGUGAAGUUGUCAGAGGUUGCAUAUGCACUUCUUGAUUACAAACAGAACUGUUGCACACAGAGUAGAGGACCCUAUGCAUUGGAUGAAGCUAAGCUGGAAAUACUCUGCAAAAAACACUUGUAUGAAUUACAGAAUUUCAGAAGGGAGCUGGCACAGUUUGUCAACACGGCCCGAGAUCGAAAUGCCCAGGUGACCCGCCUGUCUGCACCUCUUCAGUCACAACUCGAAUGGUAUCAGUACAAAUCACCUUUGGAUGACCCCAGUAUCCGCCGACCUCUGCCCUACGAGUGCACUCUGACCUCCAGGGAGACGAUCCGCCCAAGAACGGAACCUCCAGAGGUGGAUGGUCACAUAUCAGGAGUCAAGCAUGUACCAAGUCAAUGGGAUGUUCCAAAUCUAUCAGGAAAACCAGGAGCAGCUAAUUCAGGAACCCAUGGAAACCUAACAAGCCAGGGCCGGUACGGUGGCAGGCAUAUGUAUGAAAGGAACAUCAACGAGAGGAGAAAGCCAUGUGAACAAGAAAUUCAGCAUGUUUCAAGUCGAUACAAGCAUUAUCAUGGACUCUGUGAAUAAGCACACAAUAUCAUUUACUGAAGUUAUAUUUUAGUGUCGUUUUAUACUGUGACUCUUUGACUGAAUUUGUUCAAAUAGCUUUAAUUUACAUAAUUGUUUGGUGUAUAUGCAUACAGUGGACAUUGUUAUGUCUGGAAAUUAAUGCAAUGGGUCUUACUUUAUCUAUACAACUUCAUAAUAUCAAAAGCAGUAGGCAUAUAGCUAGAUGUAUCUUGCUGGCUGAAGUAUGGAUAGAUGGAUAUGUCUUGCAUUUUCAUGUUUGAAUGAAAACAUUCAACUUUCUCUUUACAAUCAUACUUAGUAUUUCAGUAUUUCAGUUAUGAAAGAAAUGGUCUCUAUACAACUGAUUUUUUUUGGUGAGGAAUAAAGUUUGAAGUGAAAGAGCAUGUAAAGCCUAAACUCAAAGGCUAUUUGAAAAAUCUAGUCGCAAAUGCCUGAUAGGAUAUCCAAAUUACUAGCUUAUAUUGUGCAUAACAUAGCUUAUAAUGCCUUUUUAAAUGUGCAUAUAUAUCCAUUCCUAUGCAAAAAAGGAGUUAGAUAUACAUUUCUGAAGAACAAUCUUUCAAAACUUUCUAUAUUGAUGUAGAAAAUAAUUAUGUCUACUACACCCUCAUUUUAUAUCAUCUUACCUCUCUUUGCCUGAGCUUGAUGGAUUAAAAAAAUAUAUAUAUUUUGCCAAAAAUAACAAGUCAGUCCAAAACACAUGAAAUCGACUGUAUUUAGGUCUGAGUGGUCCACUGCUUUUUAUACCCUUGUAUUAUAAAUGUACAAUCAUGCCAUUUCCCUCUAGAACAUUCACUUACUGUUCGUAACAAAAGUUUGAUGCUGAAAGUAAUUUGUUCUUAUUUAUAUAAUAAUUAGAUAUCUCAAUGUAUAGACUUUACUUUCUGUAGUUGUCUAAUCAUGAAAUUGAUUAGUGAAAUAAAUUAUGGAAAGUUUUUUGCAAACUCAUUCUGAUGUUAUCCUAUAAACAAUUAUGAAUUGAAGAUUGUCACUGUGAUACUUUGAAAGUAGAGUGAUGUGGUUUACACAUUAUCAAGUUUCAUGAAUAUCUAUUAACAUAGACUUACAUGACACAUAUUAUGCGUGGUUAUCACUGUUGUGAAUUUUCAUUUUUAUUAAAUAAACUAAAUGCUGCCAAGAUUGGAUAGUUUAUCAUUGAUUCCAGGAAUCUUAAAAAGUAAUAUAUAAUCUGUAAUAAAGUGUUAUACUUUUAAAUGUGAAGAUUUAUUGUAAAUAAAGAAGUGAAGAAACCCUUAA